AUGGCACUUGGUGGCUUGACGGCUCGCACGAAGCAGACGGCGCGCAAGUCGACGGGCGGCAAGGCCCCGCGCAAGCAGCUGGCCACCAAGGCGGCCCGCAAGAGCGCGCCGGCCACCGGCGGCGUCAAGAAGCCGCACCGCUACCGGCCCGGCACGGUGGCCCUGCGCGAGAUCCGCCGCUACCAGAAGUCCACCGAGCUGCUGAUCCGCAAGCUGCCGUUCCAGCGGCUGGUGCGCGAGAUCGCGCAGGACUUCAAGACCGACCUGCGCUUCCAGAGCUCGGCCGUGAUGGCGCUGCAGGAGGCGUGCGAGGCCUACCUGGUGGGGCUCUUCGAGGACACCAACCUGUGCGCCAUCCACGCCAAGCGCGUCACCAUCAUGCCCAAGGACAUCCAGCUGGCGCGCCGCAUCCGCGGGGAGCGGGCCUAAGUUCCUUCAGCCAGUGAAAACUGUAACGCCCAAAGGCGCUUUUCAGAGCCAAUGACCUUUUCUAUGAGAUAGUGCUUUGUUCUUGUUCUUGUAAAUUGUGAAAGAUCCUGGAGAAACCA